UUAUUUUACCGGUGAUUUUUUUGGGGUAGGGACAUCUUACAGCUAGAAAGAGGAUUUUAUAGUUGACAAACAGUGACUGCAUCCAUUUACAUAAAUUCUAUAUUCUCUGGUUCAACCAGCCAAAUCAUCAUCAUCAUCAUCUUUUUCUCUUCUUAACCCUCUGCUUUCUGCUUUACAUGUGUUCAUCUGGUUUCCGAGCUCUGAUCAGUACAAAUUUCCCCAGAUUUCCCAGGCUAUGGAAGAUGAAACCAGAGUUUUUCUCCCGAAAACCAAGCAAGCUUCAGACUUCUUCGAUCACGAAGGACCCGAAUUAAGGAAGUUUAGAUCGUACCUCCGAUGGGUGUAUGUCGAUCACUCCAACUAUUGCCGAGCUGCUGUCUCCUGGACCGUGUUCUUCGUCGUCGCAUUCGUUAUUCCUCUUUUAUCGCACUUUCUUCUUUUGUGUCCCGACUGCGAUUCAGAUCAUACUCGCCCCUAUCACAUACCCGUUCAGAUUUCUCUCUCAGUGUUCGCCACUCUCUCCUUCCUCUGCCUCUCUAGAUGGGAUCGCAAGUACGGUUUGAGGAGGUUUCUGUUUCUGGAUAAAGUAAUCUACGAGGCUGAUAAGAUACAAGAAGGAUACGCUGAACAGCUUCAGAGAACCAUGAAGCUAAUAUUGCUUUGGGGGCUUCCCUCUUUCUUAGCGGAAUGUGCCUACAAGAUAUGGUGGUUUGCCUCAGGAGCGUCCGAAUUGCCAUAUUACGGAAACAUAUACGUGAGCGCCAUCGUGCUAUGCGCUCUUGAGCUGUUCUCUUGGCUUUAUCGGACCUCCAUUUUCUUCUUGGUCUGCGUCUUCUUUCGGCUCAUCUGUUGCUUGGAAAUACUCAAACUGGAAGAAUUUGCUCAAGUUUUCCAGAAAGAAACUGAAGUUGCGUCCAUCUUAGUGGAGCACCUGAAACAUAGAAGGAACCUCCGCAUCAUUAGCCAUCGUUUCCGAUUUUUCAUUUUGUCUUCUCUGCUUUUGGUCACUGCAAGCCAGCUCAUUUUCCUGCUCAUGACUACAAGAACUGGUGCUGAUGUUGACAUCCUCAGGGCUGGCGAGCUUGCGUUAGUCUCCAUAACCCUGGUGAGUGGGCUAUACAUACUAUUAAGAAGUGCUACAAAGAUCACGCAUAAAGCACAAUCCACCACUGGGUUAGCUGCAAAAUGGCACAUAUGCGCAACCAUAAAUUCAUUUGACAAUGAAGGCGAGACGCCACGUGUACCGGAACAGAUAGCUUCAACUCCAGUUUUAGAUGCCAAUGCUCUUUUGGGAUCAGAUGAAGAUGAGGUGGGAGAUGAAGAGGAUGAGCUGGAUAACACAAAGUUGGUCCCAAUUUACGCCCACACCAUAUCUUUCCACAAGAGGCAAGCUUUAGUGACAUACAUGGAGAACAACAGAGCAGGAAUCACAGUGUAUGGGUUCAUGCUUGACAGAACGUGGCUCCACUCCAUUUUUGCCAUUCAAUUGGCUCUUUGCCUUUGGCUGCUCAACAAGACAAUCGGUGUUUAGGUACGCAUAGAUUAUACAGAUUACACAGAAAGGAAGUGCUAUGAUGCUCGAUCUCGACAAGAAAAAUUUUAUAAAUUUUCAGAUCCACUUGUGCAGUUGGAUCUCAGUGUCUUGGUAUUUGUAUUAUAAUUUUUUGUUGAAAUUUUUGUGUCUUUUGAUUGCACCUCCCAAUCUUUUGAGAUGAGAGUGGAUAGUGCGCAUUUUGUGCUAGGCUUAUGAUCUCUACAUUUUGUCGUGUAAAAAAGAGAGAUUAAUUAUUGUUUUGAGAUUGAAUAUUUUUAUUUUUAAAA